CCCCGGCCGACGACAAUGACCACUUCCCUGCAAGAUGGGCAGAGCGCCGCGGGUAGGGCGGCUGCCCAGGACUCGCCGCUGGCCGCCCAGGUGUGCGGCGCUGCCCAGGGGAGGGGCGACGCCCGCGACCUGGAGCCUGCCCCCUGGUUGCACGCGCGGGCGCUCCUGCCCCCUCCGGACGGGACCCGCGGCUGUGCUGCAGACAGGAGAAAAAAGAAAGAUCUUGAUGUUCUGGAAAUGCCAUCUAUUCCAAACCCUUUUCCUGAGCUAUGCUGUUCUCCAUUUACAUCUGUGUUGUCAGCAGGCCUGUUUCCCAAAGCAAAUUCAAGGAAAAAGCAGGUAAUUAAAGUGUACAGUGAAGAUGAAACCAGCAGGGCUUUAGAGGUACCCAGUGACAUAACUGCCCGAGAUGUUUGCCAGCUGUUGAUCCUGAAGAAUCAUUACAUCGAUGACCACAGCUGGACCCUUUUUGAGCAUCUGCCUCACAUAGGUCUAGUGUUUUUUUCCCCCCAGAGAAGUAUAUCAGAGAAUUCUCUCGUAGCAAUGGACUUCUCAGGACAGAAAAGCAGAGUUAUAGAAAAUCCCACGGAAGCUCUUUCAGUCGCUGUUGAAGAAGGACUCGCUUGGAGGAAAAAAGGAUGUUUACGCCUGGCCACCCACGGUAGCCCAACUGCCUCUUCCCAGAGCUCGGCCACAAACAUGGCCAUCCACCGGUCCCAGCCAUGGUUUCACCACAAAAUUUCUAGAGAUGAAGCUCAGCGAUUGAUUAUUCAGCAAGGACUUGUGGAUGGAGUUUUCUUGGUACGGGAUAGUCAGAGUAACCCCAAAACUUUCGUACUAUCAAUGAGUCAUGGACAAAAAAUAAAGCAUUUUCAAAUUAUACCAGUGGAAGAUGAUGGUGAACUGUUCCACACCCUGGAUGAUGGCCACACGAGAUUUACAGAUCUAAUCCAGCUGGUGGAGUUCUAUCAACUCAAUAAGGGCGUUCUUCCUUGCAAGUUGAAACAUUAUUGUGCUAGGAUUGCUCUUUAGCCAAACCAGAAGUGACUUAUUAAACUGUUGAAGAAAAAGGACUCACUACAAAAAAAAAAAAAAAGAAAGAAAAGAAAAGAAAAAGAAAGACCAUAAACAAGGGAGAAAACGUUGCCAUGGUGAAAAGAAUCUAUUUCACCUACAAGUUACAAAAAAUAGCUUGUGCAUUGCAGAUAAGCAAAGAUUUGGAUUGACAUUACAUUCAUCAUCUAAAAUUCAUUAGUUAAAAUUAAACCUCAGAAAAAAUGA